CUUCGGUUCUGUGGACUGAGAAAUGAGAUUUUAGCGUUUGAGUUUUUGAAGCUUAAUCGAUGUGAGACUCAGAGAGUGUGUAAUUUUCGAAGGAGUAAAAUAGUAGUAUCAGCUUCAGUGGCUGAAAAUGGCAGCGCUCCGACGUCGUUUGAUUAUGAUUUAGUCAUAAUUGGUGCUGGUGUUGGUGGUCAUGGUGCUGCAUUACAUGCUGUGGAGAAGGGCAAAAGCGAUUCAUGAGUGGAAAUGAAGUCAUAGGAAGUGGCGGCAAUGUGGCCCCUAACAUCGCGAAUAAGAGGAAAGAGAAGUCAUAACAAGGUUUCUGUAGGUGAACCUGCGUUAUGGACAUUGUUGAAGCAUGCUAAGCAUAACGACUAGCAAAUUUGCUUAACUGCUGAGGAGUGGCAGGGUUAGGGUGCUUUGGACCCUUUCAUGCAUCUCCCUCCUAUCUUUGGGGGUGGAGGGAAUAGCAAUGAUACUAAUCGGUAGAAGAAAGAGAAAAAUUCUGUGGACUCUAAUCCACACGGCACUUUUGUAGGUCUUAAAACAGCUAUCAUUGAAGGAGAUGUAAUUGGCGGAACUUGUGUAAACAGAGGCUGUGUUCCUUCUAAAGCACUUCUUGCAGUUAGCGGUAGGAUGCGGGAACUUAAGAAUGAGCAUCACUUGAAAGCUUUGGGUAUACAGGUUUCUGGUGCUGGCUAUGACAGGCAAGCAGUUGCUGAUCAUGCUAAUAAUCUUGCCUCGAAAAUUCGUAAUAACUUGACAAACUCUCUAAAGGCACUUGGUGUGGACAUUUUGACAGGAGUGGGUACUAUAACGGGUCCUCAAAGAGUGAAGUAUGGAAAAGUUGGUUUUUCUGGCAGUGAAGUUACCGCUAGGGAUAUAAUUAUCGCUACCGGUUCUGUCCCUUUUGUUCCUAGAGGCAUUGAAGUUGAUGGGAAGACUGUGAUUACCAGCGAUCAUGCUCUCAAACUGGAGUUUGUACCUGAAUGGAUAGCUAUAGUAGGAAGUGGUUAUAUUGGACUUGAAUUUAGUGAUGUGUAUACCGCACUUGGUAGUGAGGUUACCUUUAUUGAAGCUCUAGAUCAACUUAUGCCUGGAUUUGAUCCAGAGAUUAGUAAGUUAGCUCAAAGGAUUCUCGUAAAUCCAAGGAAAAUUGAUUAUCACACUGGAGUGUUUGCAACGAAGAUCACCCCCGCAAAGGAUGGGAGACCAGUUGUUAUUGAGCUAACUGACGCCAAGACUAAAGAAGUAAAGGACACUUUGGAGGUUGAUGCAGCUCUAAUUGCAACUGGUAGAGCUCCCUUUACGAAUGGUCUAGGCCUGGAGAAUAUCAAUGUGUUGACACAACGAGGUUUUAUUCCUGUUGAUGAGCGUAUGCGAGUUGUUGAUGCUGAUGGAAAUUUGGUACCUCACCUUUAUUGCAUUGGUGAUGCGAAUGGUAAAAUGAUGCUUGCCCAUGCAGCCAGUGCUCAGGGAAUAUCUGUUGUCGAACAAGUCUCUGGACGAGACCACGUGCUUAACCAUUUGAGCAUUCCAGCUGCUUGUUUUACUCAUCCUGAAAUCAGCAUGGUUGGGUUGACGGAGCCGCAAGCUCGAGAGAAAGCUGAAAAAGAGGGGUUUGAGAUAAGCAUUGCAAAAACAAGCUUUAAGGCAAACACAAAGGCACUGGCGGAAAAUGAAGGGGAAGGGCUUGCGAAGUUAAUAUACAGACCGGACAAUGGGGAAAUUCUUGGAGUUCAUAUCUUUGGUAUGCAUGCUGCUGACCUUAUUCAUGAAGCGUCCAACGCCAUAGCAUUGGGAACAUCCGUGCAGGAUAUAAAGUUCGCAGUGCACGCACAUCCAACAUUGUCUGAAGUCCUUGAUGAACUGUUCAAAUCUGCUAAGGUAACUAGUCACGUCCAUCGGCCACUUGGUGAAUCAGUUGUUGUCUGAAAUUCUGAAGCCUAAUGAGUUUGAGGGAGCUACUGCACCACCGGUCUCGCUAUAGGAUCAUCUUCAACAAAGCAUUGAGAUGUAACGAGGAUAGAUUUGGAUGACUUGCUGCAUGUAACUUAAGUUGCAAAUCAGGUUUUCAUGAGAAAUUGAUAUACUGAUUCCAGGGUAUUUUACUGAGGCCUUGGAGUGUCAGUGUGAAGCGAAAAUCGACAUUCUUAAGUAGUGCUCGCGGAGGCCUCAUUCAAAUGUUGUAAGAAGAUGUAUGUUCUUUUGUAAUUGCAGAAUAGAGGAGGCACAUGGGCUCUGCCUCUAUUUGGUUUAUGCUUUGUAUUGAUAGUUCAUGUGUAAUUUGUUAGUGCUGAGUGCAAUAAAACGUAGGAAAAACAAGUUUCACAGUCCCAAGUCAAAGUGAUUGAAAAUUAAUGAAUUACAAAGAUAUGAUGCAA